AUGAUGCUGAAAGGAUUCUGCACCGCCUUCUGUGGCUGGCACUCAUACAUCAACAUGAUGGGCAAGAGGAUCAAGACGAGCCUCGUCGGCAACCCUGCUGGCCGGCUACACGUUUCUUCCCUUGCUCUAUCUUCCCCCUCCCUAUCUUCCCUCUUUCCACUCCCCAUUCUCCCUUCCACCCCCGGUCCUCCCUGUCCCUCCUUCAGUGUCCCCCCAACUGUGCAAGACUGCUCAGUGGCGGAGCUAGCAAGCAGUGCUUGUGCUCUUGCGGUCUGCCCCUCCCAGUGUCCCCCCAACUGUGCCGUGUCGGAAGUAGCGUCCAGUCUAGCAGCCCCCAACAGGGACAAGGGAAUGGACGCGCUCGUCUCCACCUCCGCCUCUCCUCACACCCACACCAUUCUCUUUCCAACCCUCGCCACCCCUUUCCAACCCUCUCCACCCCUCCCAUGCCUGCCCAGCCCAACUUGCCUGCCCAACUGCGCAGCGUGGGAAUUAGCGUCCAGCCUGGCGGCGCCCAACAGGGACAAGGGAAUGGACGCGCUGGUCUCCACCUUCGCCCACGAGCUCGCAGAGGCCACUAGCGACCCGUACCUGUCCACCUGGAUGAAUGAGAAGGGCGAGGAGAACGCUGAUAUGUGCUCCUACAGUGAGCUCGCAGUGGCCACCAGCGACCGCCACCUCUCCACGUGGAUGAAUGACAAGGGCGAGGAGAACGUCGAUAUGUGCUCUUACAGGUGUGUGUGUCUACAGGUGCGGUUCGGUUUGUUAUGGUGCAGUGCGGUUGAUGGCAUGAUUGGGCUCGCAGAGGCCACCAGCGACCCCUACCUCUCCACGUGGAUGGACGAGUAG